AUGACUUUGGAGCGCACUUACAUUAUGGUCAAGCCCGACGGUGUCGAGCGCGGUCUCGUUGGUGAGAUCAUCAAGCGUUUCGAGAACAAGGGCUUCCAGCUCAUUGCUCUUGAACUCAAGACUCCCACCCGUGAGCUCCUCGAGAAGCACUACGCUGAUCUUGCCUCCAAGCCUUUCUUCGGUGGUCUCAUGAACUACAUGACCUCCGGCCCUGUUGUUGCCAUGGUCUGGUCUGGCAAGGGUGUCGUCAAGUCUGGCCGUGUUCUCCUCGGUGAGACCAACCCCUUGGCCUCUUUGCCCGGAACUAUCCGCGGUGACUUCUGCAUUGAUGUCGGCCGCAACUUGUGCCACGGCUCUGACUCUGUUGAGAACGCUGAGAAGGAGAUCGCCUUGUGGUUCCCCAACGGUGUCAUCUCUCACACCCGUGUUAUGGAGAAGUUGAUCUACGAGUAA